CGGCCCGCCGCGCCGCGCCGGCCUUUUAGCGCGGGGCCGCCCUCGUAAGUGUGCAGUGCGCCGGCUCCCGCGCCCAGCAUCGCCCCUCGCUCCGCGACAGCCGCCCGUGUCCCGCGCCGCAGCCAUGGCGAACAAGGGCCCAGCGUACGGCAUGAGCCGGGACGUGCAGUCCAAGAUCGAGAAGAAGUACGACGAGGAGCUGGAGGACCGGCUGGUGGAGUGGAUCGUGGCGCAGUGCGGCGCCUCGGUGGGCCGCCCCGAGCGGGGCCGCCUGGGCUUCCAGGUCUGGCUGAAGAACGGCAUCGUGCUGAGCCAGCUCGUGAACAGCCUCUACCCCGACGGCGCCAAGCCCGUCAAGGUGCCCGACUCCCCCCCGACCAUGGUCUUCAAGCAGAUGGAGCAGAUCGCCCAGUUCCUCAAGGCCGCCGAGGACUACGGCGUGGUCAAGACGGACAUGUUCCAGACCGUGGACCUCUUCGAAGCCAAGGACAUGGCGGCGGUGCAGAGGACGCUGGUGGCCCUGGGGAGCCUGGCGGUGACCAAGAACGACGGCCACUAUCACGGGGACCCCAACUGGUUCAUGAAGAAGGCGCAGGAGCACAAGCGGGAGUUCACCGAGAGCCAGCUGAAGGAGGGCAAGAACGUCAUCGGCCUACAGAUGGGGAGCAACAAGGGGGCGUCACAGGCGGGCAUGAGCUACGGCCGGCCCCGGCAGAUCAUCAGCUAGGCAGCCGCCCGCCCGCCCAGCGCCGCCCCGGCAGCACCGCCGACUCCGCUCCCUCCAGCCCGGCGCGCCGCAGCCGCCGCAGCGCCGGCGCCCACGCCCGCCCCGCACCGAUUGGUAUUUAUUGGAAACAAAAAGUCAAGCAGCCCAAGCGCCCCGGCAGCCCAGCUCUGCCUCCCGCGCGGCCUCUCCUCCCCGGCCUCGCACGCUCCCCGCUUCGCUGCUGCGAGCCCUGCCGCGAGCCGGCCCCGCCGCCGCUGCGCCCGCGGGCGCCCCGCGCCCUUCCCUGCGAAGGCCGGUGGGGAGGGCACGCGCCCCAGCACCCGGAGCCACCCCGCCUGCCCGCCGCCCCGCAUGAGUCCAGCGCCGCUCUUGCAGAGGUCCUCGCAAACGGGGAGAGAAGAGAAUUGGCCUCCGUUUUGUACUUUGUUUAUGUCAAAAUUAAACGGUUACCGAUCGA